AUGCGGAACCUCAAUACCACACUCUUCCUCCUCUUCGUCCUCGGUCUCCUUGGUGCGGUCAGCGCCUGGCCGAACUUCAACGUGCCGAACUUCCACGUGAACCGCGCCGAACUCAUGGUCGGAGCCCUCGGUGCCAUGAGCUGCGCCACUUUCUUUAGCUGGAACCUGCUCCGGUCAGCAAGAGAAUACCAACCAGAAGUCCCUGCCAUAGGUAGCGACGAAGAGGUCUUUGCAGAGGAUGUCUCGAUCACUCCCGCCCCUCUCGCACUUCCUCUCCCGACACCCACGGCAACCACAGGCGGCACACCUACCACUACCACCAUUACACAGACCGAACUCUUGUCUUCAACCACGCGAGAACCUCGAAGCUACUACACCGUCUUCGAGCUCGAUCCUCCUGAAAGAGCCACCCUGUUUCGCGGUUCACCAUCCGUGCCCAAAGUCGUCGUUGUGGAGCUUUCCGACAACAGCACCAUCGUCAGCGCAGAGAUUGUUCUUCGUCUUGCAGACGUCGAUGACAAAUUUCAGGACUUCACCUACCUUUCCCCCACCAAGUCGACUUCGCCUGUCACAGCUCCGACUGGAUACACCGGGGCGACCCCGGGUAUCAAUAUACCUACGCCUGACUCGACUGAUCUCAACACAACCUCUUCGAGAUGGGGACUGCCUUCUUUCAUCAUCCACGGCCUUCAAGACAACAGGCUCAAGCCGUUUGUCGAGUCAGCAAGAAGAAAGCUCAACUUCUUUUGGGGUCUACGAAACACCAUCUUCGGUCCGCUUAUUCGGUUGCUGCCAGUCCGCCCAGAGAUGCUAGGCUUCAUCCUGAUGGGCGUCAGGCUCGUCAGCCUGUGGUUUCCAGGAAUGACGAGGAGACGUCGUCGGGGUUCCGUCCUGCAAGGCCUUGGUUGGUUCCGAAACCCUCAGCUUGCCACCGAAGCUGCCCCUGAGGCAGGGCCGCCGCAGAUCGAGCCAUCCAUGGCCGAUGCAGCGGAGGAAGCCGAGGCUGUUGUUCAGACUGUUGAGUCGUCGAACUUGGUCGCUGAACCUCAACAUCACAACUGUGGACACCAAGAGGAGGAGCAGGACUCCGACAGAGAGUACGUCGACUGCGUCGACGGACUAAUGCCGGCUGUCCAGCAGGAGCAGGUGAGACUGUCGGGCUUCAUCAUGAGGCCGUUGCCUCCGCCGUCAAGAACCACCUCUCCUCCCACCGAAGCGCCCGCCUCAACCAGCGGAACAGCUGCUGUCCCCACCGACGUGCCGCCGCGGAGUUCAGAGCAACCAGCUUCAACGCUGGAGACGCCGUCGCAGCCAUCGGCGGAGCCACCAAAGCUCCCCGAGUUCCCUAGCACACGUUCAACAGCGCCAAUCGCCGAGCACGCUCUUCGCCGCCGACUACCCAUCCUCCGUCUCAGAGAGAGGAAGAGGGCAUCGCGCCUAUUGGCGGCUCGUGUGGAUGAGGAUGAGGAUGAGGACAUGCGGCCUGACGAGGUUGUCUCCAGCAAGUCGCUGCGCGACAAGUAUAGGCCCGCCCCGGCAGGUCCGUCUGCACCUGCACCUGCGCCACUGUCGACGAAGAGCUCCGGAGCUGCCGAUGAUACAGUGCCCGUGCCUGUACUUGACAAGGUGGCAGUGAUUCCCUCCUCUGCCGAUGAGCAACCAGCAGCUCAACCGAAGGCGGUGUCUCCCAAGACAGGAGCCCAACUUCCAGAGCGUAAGGUCCAGAAACCCGAAACUCCAGCAAGCAACAUCUCCGAGUCCGCCCCACAAGCAACUGUUUCGCCGAUAGUUCCACCACCUUCACCGAUCCGAUCAAGCGACACUGCUCCCCCGAAGCGCCAGUUGACAAAAGCUGAGCUGAAGGACGAGCAGUUCCCGCGUGCACUCCAGGAUGCCGAGAUUAAGAGAGCCAAGGCCAAGUCGACCACCACAUCUAUUCCAGAGCCCAAGUUGAACGAGGCUUCGCGUAAAGUCCGCGUGGGCUUACUUCAGAGUCGGUUCCAGGAACAGUGCGGUGUCGAAAACCUCGAUUCAGCCCAGGUGCGCCGCUUCCUUGACUACUUUGGAUGGGACGGAGUGAACCACAUUCCUGCAACAGCCAUCUAUCAGCAGUGGAUCGAGUUCCAAGCUUAUGAAGAGAAUGCCGCGGCAGAGAGAGGGCAAGACGUCGUCAAUGCUCCCACAGGAAGCUCGACCGAAGCUGAAAGCAGUCGGGCUGUCAGAAAUAUUGAAACUGCCACAGAAACAGCACAGGCAACAGAGCCUCAAUCAAGCAAUGUCACCUCUCCACUCAAUGCCAGCAGCGCUCAGCCUUCGCUUCCCCAAGAGGAUGUUGGAACUGCCACUCAAACGGCACAAGCGUCCCACGCAACAGCAGAGCCUCAGUCGGGUGAUGUCGCUCCUCCUCCCACCCAGAUCAACAGUGCUCAGCGCUCACUUCUCAGAGACACUCUCCGAAAUCGCCUGAAGAAGAGCUUUGGUGUCCAAGAUACCGAGAGUAAAAAGGUCGAAGAGUUUCUCGACAUUUUCGGCUGGCACAAACUGAGCCUGGAAAAUUUGAACGAGGUUUGCGAGGCAUGGUUCGCCUGGGAAGCCGAGCAGACAGCCAAGGCUGCCCCGACAUUAACAAACCUGGCGGCCCCUGAGCCAGUAGUCGCGUCCGAAGGAGAGGAGACUGUGCCCAGUCCUCAUGAAGCGGCCCCAACGGACAGUACAAGCAAGACCGAAUCUUCUGAGAAUGUUCAGACUUCUUCAAUUUCGGACCAGUCACCAGAUACAUCUGCAGAGCAACAACCAGUAGAGAUUGAGUCGAGUGAUGUCCCUCCUGCCCAACCCGAGACGACAGAUCCUCACUACCGCGCCUCGCUCGUGACUUAUCUGCAGUCUGAAAUCCGUGACAAAUUGGCUGUCGACAACGUGAAUGAGGAUUAUUUGCAUGCAUACCUCGACUGGUUUGGCUGGGAGAAUGUCGGAAAGGACAAUUACUUACACGUUUCCAAGAGUUUCCUUGAUGCAGUAGCCGCUGCAGCUUCUGCUGGUCCCGAAGCCACCUCGACGUCCACCGAGACUGUUGCUGAUGGAGACGAUGGCACCACCGCGAACAGACACAGCGAGCCCGGAAAGGCCGAGGAGACCCUUCCACCAACGUCGCAUACCGAAGGUGACGGUGACGACGACAAUGACGACAGUGACAAUGGUUCCCCUCCUCCUCCAUCAUCAGGCGCAGUUGUCGCAGAGACUUCCUCGACAGAGGCCAAGCCCACUGAAGAGAGCAACAGCACCGCCGCCCCUAGUGGCGAGGACAACGGCUCUGGCAACGAAGGUCCUUCAACUCGGUCCACCGUGCCUGCUCCUGUCUUCAGUGGCUUUCAAUUCAAUGUGCAGUCGCAACUUCCGGAACGACCGGUCUACCAGGUGUCAGAUGAAGACAGAAUCUUCAGGCUCAUCCCGGACACUGUCGGUGCCAGCACCCCUCGCCGUUCAGCUCUGCGCAAUCGAGAGCGGGAUGCAGAUGAGGUACCGUCAAGAUUAGGACACCUCGGUAGAGCCAGGAUCGCGGUGAAUGAUGAUGGGUCACCAGUUGCUCAGACGCGCCGCUUUAGGACGCAGGAGCCACCUGCUCGAGUUCAGCGGGCGUACCAUAUGGAGAUCGAUGGAGAAGGGCGAGAAGCCACCGGCGCUCCGGCUCCAGCUCCAGCUCCUGUUCCUGUUCCCGCUCCGGUUCCAGCUCCAACGCGACCAGCGGUUGCGCAGUCGUUUCCGAGUGCCCCUGAGUUCGCGCCGGAGAUGGAAGGCGUUGAAAAGCAGGAUGUCCACGAGGCAAGGGACGGCGUUGAGAAGGUCGAUCUGCACGAAGAGAUGGAAGGCAUUGAGAAGCCCGAUCUGGACGAGGAAAUGGACGACGUCGAAACAGACAAAGUCUCUCAACUCGAGCAAUCGACGAUGCUUCACCGGCAGCCAAUGCCCUAUGUCUCUCCCUACAACGUGGUCCCACCACCCAGCGAACUCCCAGUACAAGACCAGCAGAUGACCACGGUAGACGAGCCAUCGGCGACGCCUCACCAGCAGUCGGUGCAGUAUGUCUCUCCCUACAACGUGGUCCCAGCGUCCAGCGAGCCCCUGGUUCAAGACCAGCAGAUGACGAUGGCAGAGGAGCAGGGAAUUUCGAACGCUGCGCCGUUCGACUUUGUUACUCUCAGCCAAGCAGACAGCCACCAGGCUCAACCGAGUCAGUUUAAUCUGCCCGGCUUGCCGACUUUUGGGACCACAGAGUGGAACAAUCUGGAAGCGAUCGACCAGCAAGACCGCCAGCGACAGCAGGAACCACAGCAUCAACCCAUAGUUCUGCAGGGUCAGGACUGGGCGAACCCAGAGGACUUUUUCAGUGCGAUGGGGUUGAGUCCGAACGCGACUGGAGCCGGAGUAGGCCUCGAUCUGGCUGGCGAGAUGCCGGAGAUUCGAUCGUUGCUGGACUCUCUUCUACCCGGUGGUAGGACUGAGUAUGACCCGCACGAUCCUCAUGCUGGGAUGGAGGGAGUUGAGAUGGGUGCUGGUGCAGAGGAGGCCCAAUAUCCCCAACGUGCAUCGCAAGUGGCUCCGACACCAAUGCAACCCGCUACCGGUGACCUCCCGUAUGGCGACCCGAGUGAAUACGCAGUCGGGCAACAAAACGCCCCGGACAUUGUCCAUGAGCAGAGCGAUGUGGCUCGAGAAGCUCCUGCAUCAACAAGCGAACCAGAGAUGACAGCAUGGGAUCGUGCAAGGCUUCGAGCCAACAUGCAGAGCACAGGUUCGGGAUCGCCGCAGAACACUGCCAACCCACAGUCGGUGUUUGCUUACACUGGUGAACAAGCCGUCCCCACGAACAGCAUAGAUGAGCUGAGAGAAUGGGGGGUGUGGGGAGACAGAGUCAAGAAGGUGUACAACGGCCAUGUCCAGAGAAAGACGCUGAGGCCCAGGGGCCGACUGGCGGCGCAGCAAACGACUCCUGCACAGGCCAAUCCAUUCCAGAGUUUGUUACAGCCACAAUCCAACACCAUCGUCAAUCCUCAAGACAUCCACAUCCCCCCGGAGCUGGCAGCUGCGCUUCAGCGAAGGCACAACCAGACUCAGGGACUUGGAACGUCACAGCCCACCCAACAGCCUGCUCAUCCUCAAGAGGGCCACACUGAUGGAGGCAUCCAAAACGAAAGAAAUGCUGAGGAUGACAGCUUCUCAGACAUUUCGGACUUGAACGAAGAGGAGAAGAGCCAACUCCCAGCCUAUCUCCAAGUCUCAGGUGCCCCUAAUGAGCAACCUCACCAUGAUGAAGAGAACGAUGACCAUGACAAUCUUUCAGACGUUCCAGACUUGGACGAAGAUGAGCGACGGCGGAUUCUAGCCCAACUCCAAGGCCUAGGUUCUCCUAGUGCUGAGAACCCGCAGCAUGGCGAGGACAGCAUUGAAGGUGGGCUAUCACCUUCAGAUCAUAACUCUCACCGGGACGACAUCUCCUUCGAUGACUCUGUCGAAAAGUAUCUGUAUGACUCUCCUGAAGAGGAAGCGAUGAAGAGAGACGUCGAGGAAUACAGUCGUACGUCAUAG